CUUGCCAGCAGUGUCAGCGAGCGCUCAACUUCCUUUGGUGAAGUGGAUUUACUUGAACUUGAAGGAAGGGGAAAAAAAAUGUCUCCACUUCUGAAAAGCAUCUUGGAUAUCACUGAAAUUUUCAAUCAAUAUGCCUUACAUGAUUGUGAUGGGGCAGCACUAAGCAAGAAAGACCUGAAGAACCUCCUUGAAAGGGAAUUUGGAGAUGUCCUUCGGAGGCCACAUGACCCUGAGACAGUAGAUCUGAUCCUGGAACUUCUGGAUCGCGACUGUAACGGGCUCGUCGAUUUCAAUGAAUUCCUCCUGUUCGUUUUCAAGGUGGCUCAAGCUUGUUAUUACGCUCUCAGCCAGGUUUCCGGGCUGGAUGAGAAGGGGGUCAGGUGUGAGGGAAAGGAGAACCCGUUACAAGAUCCCAGGCAAGAAGACCAGAGAUUUGAGCCCCGGGACAGACAACUGGAAGAACACAGGCAGAAAAGGCAGGAACUGGAGAGGGAGCUCGCAGAGGAAGACAAGCAGCGGCUGCAGAGGCGAGAACCGGAAGAGCGCCUGGAGGAGGAAGAGCAGCUGAAGAGGCGCAAGGGUCGGGAGCCUGAGGAAUUUCCUGACCGAAAGCAAAGGCAAGAGAGGCGGGAGCAGCGCGAGCUCCGGGAAGAAGAGGAGCAGUUGCAAAGGCAGAAGCGGGAGCAGGAGGAGCCGCGGUUGCAGCAGGAGCUGAGGCGCGAGAAGCAGGACAGACGCGAGCAGACAGAAAGGCGCGAGCAGCAGCUGAGGCGCGGGGAGCCGCGCUUAGAGCAGGAGCUGAGGCGCGAGCAAGAGAGACGCGAGCAGGAACUGAGGCGCGAGCAGAGGCUGAGGCGCGAGGAGCAGGAGAGACGCGAGCAGAUAGAGAGGCGCGAGCAGCAGCUUAGGCGUGGGGAGCCGCGCUUAGAGCAGGAGCUAACGCGCGAGCAAGAGAGGCGCGAGCAGCAGGAGAGACGCGAGCAGGAGCUGAGGCGCGAGGAGUUGCUCUUUGAACAGGAGCUGAGGCGCGAACAGAAGAGGCGCGAGCAGGAGCUGAGACGCGAGCAGAGGCUGAGGCGUGAGGAGCCGCGCUUAGAGCAGGAGCUGAGGCGCGAGCAGGAGAGACGCGAGCAAGAGCUGAGGCGCGAGGAGUUGCUCUUUGAACAGGAGCUGAGGCGCGAGCAGGAGAGGCGCGAGCAGGAGCUGAGACGCGAGCAGCGGCUGAGCCGCGAGGAGCCGCGCUUGGAGCAGGAACUCAGGCGCGAGCAGGAGCUCAGGCGCGAGGAGCCGCGCUUGGAGCAGGAGCUCAGGCGCAAGCAGGAGCUCAGGCGCGAGGAGACGCGCUUGAAGCAGGAACUCAGGCGCGAGCAGGAGGAGAGGCGUGAGCAGGAGGAAAGACGAGAGCAGGAGGAAAGACGAGAGCAGGAGGAAAGACGAGAGCAGGAGCUGAGGCGCGAGCAGGAGCUGAGGCGCGAGGAGCCCCGCGUGGAGCAGGAGCUGAGGCGCGAGCAGCGGCUGAGGCGGGAGGAGACGCGCUUGGAGCAGGAGCUCGGGCGCGAGCAGGAGCUGAGGCGCGAGCAGGAGCUGAGGCGCGAGCAGGAGCUGAGGCGCGAGGAGCCGCGCUUGGAGCAGGAGCUGAGGCGCGAGCAGCGCCUGAGGCGGGAGGAGACGCGCUUGGAGCAGGAGCUGAGGCGCGAGCAAGAGCUCAGGCGCGAGCAGGAGGAGAGGCGCGAGCAGGAGGAGAGGCGCGAGCAGGAGGAGAGGCGCGAGCAGGAGCUGAGGCACGAGCAGCGGCUGAGGCGAGAGGAGACGCGCUUGGAGCAGGACCUCAGGCGCGAGCGAGAGCUCAGGCGCGAGCAGGAGGAGAGGCGCGAGCAGGAGGAGAGGCUCGAGGAGCCGCGCUUGGAGCAGGAGCUGAGGCGCGAGCAGCGGCUGAGGCGAGAGGAGACGCGCUUGGAGCAGGACCUCAGGCGCGAGCGAGAGCUCAGGCGCGAGCAGGAGGAGAGGCGCGAGCAGGAGCUGAGGCGCGAGCAGGAGGAGAGGCGCGAGCAGGAGCUGAGGCGCGAGGAGCCGCGCUUGGAGCAGGAGUUGAGGCGCGAGCAGCAGGACAGACGCGAGCAGGAGCUGAGGCGGGAGCAGGAGGAGAGGCUCCAGCAGGAGCUGAGGCGCGAGCAGCAGCCUGCUGAGGAGGAGGUGGAGGCCCGUGAGCGGGACAAGAGCCGCACCUCAAGGUGGCAGUGGCAGCUAGAAAGCGAGGCCGACGCCCGUCAGAGCAAGGUCUACUCCAGGCCCCGCAGGCAGGAGCAGCAGAGGCAACGCCAGGAACGCGAAAAGAGGCAGCGCCUGGAGCUCGAGCGGCAACUGCGGGAGGAGGACGCCGAGUGGCCAAGCCGGUCCGGGUCCCUCCGGGAGGAGCGCGAGCAGCGGCUGCGCCGAGAGGAGCAGGCACGCCUGCAGGAGGAGGAAGAGCAGCGCCGAGACUUCAAACGGCAGUGGCAGGCGGAGGAAGAGAGCGAGAGGCGCCGCCAGAGGUUCUCCGCCCGGCCCCAGUUGCGGGAGCAGCAGGAGAGGCAGCUGAGGGCGGAGGAACUGCAGGAUGGGGAACUGCUGCGUGAGGAGGAAGAGCAGCGUCGCCAACGACUCGAGAGGGAGCGGGAGCAGCAGAUCCUCGAGGAAGAGAAGCAGCUCCGGUUGGAGCAGAGCCUCCAAGAGGAUCAGGAGAGGAAGCUACGCCGGGAGGAGCAGUGCCGUGACCAAAAAUGGAGGUGGCAACCAGAAGAGGAAAGCCAGAGACGCCGCCACACAGUCUACGCCAAGCCAACUCAACGAGAGCCGCUGAGGGAGGAAGAGCAGCUGCAGCGAGAGGAACUCAAGACAAGGAGGCUCCAGGAGCUGGAGAGACAAUAUCGGGAGGAAGAGCCGCUGAGGGAGGAAGAGCAGCUGCUAAGAGAUCGGAGGCGCCAGCAGCGCGGCAGGCAGUAUCUGGAAGAGGAAGAGCUGCAGCGCCUGGACAGAAAGAGGCAAUUCCAGGAUGAGGAUCAGAGCCGCGAUCUGAAAUGGCAGUGGCAACCAGAAAAAGAAAAUGAAGUUCGUAAUCACAGGGUUUACUCCAAACGCAAAGUGAACGAAGAAAGGAUCCGGCAACUCGAAGAUUCCCAGGUUCGAGACAGACCAUUCCGGCAGAAUCGGUGGCUCCUGCAGGAUGAACGGGAUGAGAGAGCGCGAGAGAAAGAGAGGACCCGGCAACAGCGCGACAUGCAAUUCCCAGCUGAGGAACUGCUGGAGCGAGAAGAGCAAAAGGAAGCCAAAAGGCGAGACAGGAAGUUCGGCGAGGAGGAACAGCAGCAGCGCCGCCGGGAACGUGAGCAACAGCUUCGCCAGGAGCGCGACAGAAAGUUCCGUGAGGAGGAACAGCUCCUUCAGGAAAGGGAAGAACAGCUGCGCCGCCAGGAGCGCGACAGAAAGUUCCGCGAGGAGGAGUUGUUGCGCCGCCAGGAGCGCGACAGAAAGUUCCGCGAGGAGGAAGAGCUGCGCCGCCAGGAGCGCGACAGAAAGUUCCGUGAGGAAGAACAGCUCCUGCAGGAAAGGGAAGAACAGCUGCGCCGUCAGGAGCGCGACAGAAAGUUCCGCGAGGAGGAAUUGAUGCGCCGCCAGGAGCGCGACAGAAAGUUCCGUGAGGAAGAACAGCUCCUGCAGGAAAGGGAAGAACAGCUGCGCCGCCAGGAGCGCGACAGAAAGUUCCGCGAGGAAGAAGAGCUGCGCCGCCAGGAGCGCGACAGAAAGUUCCGUGAGGAAGAACAGCUCCUGCAGGAAAGGGAAGAACAGCUGCGCCGUCAGGAGCGCGACAGAAAGUUCCGCGAGGAGGAAGAGCUGCGCCGCCAGGAGCGCGACAGAAAGUUCCGUGAGGAAGAACAGCUCCUGCAGGAAAGGGAAGAACAGCUGCGCCGCCAGGAGCGCGACAGAAAGUUCCGCGAGGAGGAAUUGAUGCGCCGCCAGGAGCGCGACAGAAACUUCCGUGAGGAAGAACAGCUCCUGCAGGAAAGGGAACAGCUGCGUCGCCAGGAGCGCGACAGAAACUUCCGCGAGGAGGAAUUGAUGCGCCGCCAGGAGCGCGACAGAAACUUCCGUGAGGAGGAACAGCCCCUGCAGGAAAGGGAACAGCUGCGUCGCCAGGAGCGCGACAGAAAGUUCCGCGAGGAGGAAGAGCUGCGCCGCCAGGAGCGCGACAGAAAGUUCCGUGAGGAAGAACAGCUCCUGCAGGAAAGGGAAGAACAGCUGCGCCGCCAAGAGCGCGACAGAAAGUUCCGCGAGGAGGAAGAGCUGCGUCGCCAGGAGCGCGACAGAAAGUUCCGUGAAGAGGAACCGUUCCCGCAGGAAAGGGAACAGCUGCGUCGCCAGGAGCGCGACAGAAAGUUCCGCGAGGAGGAAUUGAUGCGCCGCCAGGAGCGCGACAGAAAGUUCCGUGAGGAAGAACAGCUCCUGCAGGAAAGGGAAGAACAGCUGCGUCGCCAGGAGCGCGACAGAAAGUUCCGCGAGGAAGAAGAGCUGCGCCGCCAGGAGCGCGACAGAAAGUUCCGUGAGGAAGAACAGCUCCUGCAGGAAAGGGAAGAACAGCUGCGCCGCCAAGAGCGCGACAGAAAGUUCCGCGAGGAAGAAGAGCUGCGCCGCCAGGAGCGCGACAGAAAGUUCCGUGAGGAGGAACAGCUCCUGCAGGAAAGGGAAGAACAGCUGCGCCGCCAGGAGCGCGACAGAAAGUUCCGGGAGGGGGAACAGAGGCUGCGCCGCCGCCGAGGGCUAGAUGGUACCCUCUCUCAGGAGGAGCAACUGAAGGGUGCUGAACAAGAGCAAGAGCAGAGCGUCCAGCAGGAGAGAGAAGAAAAGCGACACCGACAGGAGCAGGACAGGCAGUUCCUCGAGGAAGAAGAGCAACUGCCACGCGAAGAGCAGGAAGAGCUGAGGCGCCGGCAGGAGCGAGGCCAGCAGUACCUCGUGGAGGAGCAGUUUGCCAGGGAGAAGAGGCGCCGUCAGGAACAAGAACUGCGGCAAGAAGAGCAAAGACGCCGCCAGCGGGAGGAGGAACGAAGGCACCGCGGGCAAGUCUGGGAAGACGGAGACAGGGGCCGUCGGCAGACUCUGGAGCCAGGCAAGAGUCAGUUUGCCAGUGUCCCGGUGCGCUCCAGCCCUCUCUAUGAAUAUAUCCAAGAGCAGAGAUCUCAGUACCGCCCUUAAGAGAUGCUGCCAAUAUCCUGACACCUGCCAAAGCUUCCAGCAAAGGAAAAAGAAACACUGGAUACCAAAUGACUCAAAUGUUUCUGGUUGUGGGAGAACUCUCUGAUGUUCCAAAAUCUUUUUUUUCCAAAAUCUUAAACUACACUCAUUUCAUGUACCUUGUACUCUUGCCUUUUAUUCUUCCUCAAGUAGUUCUUUACUGCAGGGUGUCUUUGCUCUUUGGUGCAGAUGUGGUGUGCAAUUUUUAAAAAUCUAAAUCAUUUAAUUUGUUUAAGGAGUUUUGUUUCGGGAACGUUUAUUGCUUUCGAAAGUAACAAGAAUAACAAUGAUUUAAGAUUCAAAAGAAUUGGGUCUGUUUUUUUCAAUGGUUGAUUCAUCUUAUGGAGAGUUUAGAUAUUUUUUAUGUUCCAGUUGGCAUUUUUUUUCUUGAGCCUAAAUUACACUAAUAUUUACCUCCAAAUAGACUCUCAUUUUUUGGCAUAAUUAACACAGAUUCUGCAAGGGGGCUGAAUUUUUACAAGCCUUGAAUACCGAAGGACAGGGGAGGAGGGAGUGACUUCUACAGAAAAAUUCCCUGUGAAAUCAGCCCCUAACUGGAAGAAAUCUGAAGAUUUAGCUUCAAAACCUAGAAUUUGAUUUUUUUUCAUACUUGAUAAGCACUUAAAAUCUCCUGAGCCAAAAGCAAGGUAUUUCCCAAAAAACUCCAGAGCUCAAAAUUUAAAACUGUCUACUGUAGUCUGUAGUGUUCAGUUCUUUUCCCCCCAAUCUUUGAUGAAUUUGAGAAUAUUCCUACCUUUGUUCAUUUUAACUGAGAGAGAACCUGCUCAAGAUCCUAUAAACAUCUACUUCACUCUAGAGUCAAAAGGAGAUCAAAGCAUUUUUGGGGAAGGAAAGGGACAAAUUUGUGAACAGAAGGGCAAGUUCCCAGAAGCCCUUAGAUGAGACCCAUCAGCUCGCAAUCCUUUAAGACCUAUUGAUACUACCUUGGAGACAUUCUUGUUGAAAUGAUUGGACUGUGUAAAAAAUAAAUGUUUGGCAAACAA